AUGGCCCUCGCCGGCGUCUUCAAGUCGCUUGGCGCGACAAAUAUCAACUCCAAUUACAGCAUAUCUUCCACCCUCACGACGACAGCCGGACCAUGGAAGAUCUACCCGGCCAAGAAGAAGUCCACCGGCAAGGAGUACUCGGUCUUCGUCUUCGACAGGAAAAUCCUCGAUGCGCAUAGCAAGGACCUCAGCCGAUCAAGCGCCGCCGGUUUUAAGAAGGUUGUGGAAGAGGUGGUUGAACGGUUGAAGAAGGAGGCCUCUUCGCUGGCCCGGCUACGGCAUCCUGCCAUUUUGGAGCUCGUCGAACCGGUGGAGGAAACACGAGGUGGUGGCCUACAAUUUGUCACGGAACCGGUAACAACAUCACUUGCGGCAGUACUACAAGAGAAGGACGACCAAGAACGAAAUGGUGUCGGUGGCCGAUCAAGUCGUUAUGUCAGAGAGGGACCCGACGGCACCCGGAGGCGGCGUGAGGUGGAAAUAGACGAGCUGGAGUACCAGAAGGGAUUGCUACAAGUCAGCAAAGCUUUGGAGUUUCUACACGAGAAUGCCGGACUGGUCCACGGCAACCUGACCCCAGAUGCUAUUCUUAUCAAUGCCAAGUCAGACUGGAAGGUCAGUGGUCUCGCUUUCUGCAGCCCGCAACAAGACUCGAACAAGCCGACGUCGAUACAACCCAUCAGUCUCUCAGAGGUCCUGCAUUAUGAGCCCAGGCUACCUCGGACUGUUCAGAUGAACCUCGACUACACCUCUCCGGACUUUGUUCUCGACAACAACCUUACAUCUUCCGCCGACAUGUUCUCGUUGGGUCUGCUCUGCAUAUCUCUAUACAACUCGCCCCAUCGGUCACCUUUCGAGUGCAACUCCAGUUUAUCCUCCUAUAAAAGACACUUCCAGUCUUCACAAGGCGUACCUUCUUCGACCAACAACUACCUCUGUUCUCGAGAGCUACCCAAGGAGCUAGCCAACCAUGUCCUACCAAGGCUUAUCACCCGAAGACCGGCCACACGGAUGACGGCCAGGGAGUUCCAGCAGAGCGAGUACUUCAACAACAUUAUGGUCAAGACAUUGCGCUUCCUGGACACCUUCCCGGCCAAGACACCAAAUGAGAAGCAGGCGUUCUUGAGAGGGUUGAUCAAGGUCCUACCAGACUUUCCCAACUCGGUCAUGGAAAAGAAGAUUCUUCCGGGGUUGUUGGAGGAGAUGAAGGAUAAGGAGCUUAUUUCCUUGAUUCUGCACAAUAUCUUCAAGAUUGUUGAGCUUUUGCCGUCAACCGCGGGCAAGAGAGCCUUUGGAGAUCGGGUGCGACCGGUUAUCAAGGAGAUCUUUGUCACCAACGCAAAACAGGCACAGGAGAGAGACCCUGCUAGGGAUGCAGGUUUGAUGAUCAUCAUUGAGCAGCUACCUGUUAUCGUUUCUGCCUGUCCUGGAAAAGAGUUUAAAGACGACAUCCUCCCCAUCAUCUUCGCCGCCCUGGAGUCCCCAACCCCCGUCCUCGUUGGCGCGGCACUCCAAUGUCUCCCAAGCGUUCUCCCAGUCCUAGACUUCAGCACCAUCAAGAACGAGCUCUUCCCCGUAGUCGCCAUGAUCUUCAGCAAAACCAACAGUCUGGCCAUCAAAGUCCGCGGCCUUCAAGCCUUUGUGGUUCUCUGCGGAGGCUCCACUGACCCCUUGGCGAACAACGACGGCCUCGACGGACUCGGUCCCUCCGAAAGGAAACCUUCGUCUAGCUCUAGUGCACUGGACAAGUUUACCAUGCAGGAAAAGAUCGUACCUCUGAUCAAGGCCAUCAAGACCAAGGAACCAGCCGUUAUGAUCGCCGCUCUUAACGUCCUGAGGAUCGUGGGGAAAGCAGCUGAUGCUGAAUUUGUGGCCAUGGAGAUCUUGCCCAUAUUGUGGGCGAUGAGCCUAACGCCCUUGCUCGACCUUAAGCAGUUCCAGUCUUUCAUGGAUCUGAUCAGGAGCCUGUCCAAGCGGGUGGAAGACGAACAAACUAGGAAGCUUCAGGAGCUCAACGGCGGUAACGCUUCCGGUCCAGCAGAGGACUUCAUGUCCCUAGGCGGGCUAUCCGGGUCCUCGGCUCUGGACACGAACGGGACAUCAGCCAAUGAUUUCGCGGCUCUAGUCGGCGGCGGCAGCGGUAACACUAACAGUAACGCUAGCCCGCUCGACUCCGGCGGAUGGGACGAUGCCCUGACCUUCGGCUCUAAGCCAGCGGUUACCUCCCCCGGUAUCCGCUCCGGCACCGGCACCGGCCGCUCAACCCCCGCCGCGACCUUCUCCUGGUCCUCCACUCCUCCCGUCACCACCCCCGCUCCUUCAUCAACUCUCAAACCUCAAACCACCGGCUCCCAGUUCCGUACUGUAACACCAGACCUCGGCUCCUUCCAGGCUUUAACACCCCAGUCCACUCAAUUCUCUCAGCCACUGCAACCUACCCCCUCCACCAUCACCUCUCCAACAGGCACAGGCAUCAACUGGGGCGCAGCCACACAACCACAACCGCAAGCAAAUCUCUGGUCAUCAACACCAACAUCAACCGUCACCUCACCCUCUAUCGCUCCACCAACAAAUGCCUUUGGGGGUAUGAACCUAGGUCAGUUAUCGAGCAACAACCGAACCAGCUCCUCGUUUUCACUACAGCCGCCACCAUCAGCCUCAUCAGUGUCAACACCUGGCUUCGGCUCGGCGACCGGAGGGUUCAGUCUUGCGUCACCACCCAAGCCUCCUACAGUGACAAGUGGACCGUCAUGGGGAUCCGGAUCGGGAUCUUCGCUUGGUACUUUGAGUAGUCUGAACAAUGGCGCCAAUAGUAUGGGGAAUAUGAUGGCUGCUAAGAGCACGAGCAGCUUUGCGAAUAUGGGGAGUGGGAUGGGAAGGGGGAUGAGUAUGGGUAGCAUGAUGCAACCACUUCAACCACAAUCUUCGGGGUGGGGGACGACGCCAUUACAGCCUCAACAAGCUCAACCGCAGCAGCAGCAGCAACAACAGAGUAAAUCGGGUUUGGAUAAGUACGAGAGUUUACUUUGA